AUGUCCUCUCAAUCUCCCAAGCUUGACCAGCUGCUUGUGUCGAAUGGCGGCAGGUGGACGUUGACGGCGAAUGGAGAGGCUUUGGAGCGGAGUUUUAAGUUUAAGAACUUCGGCAAGACGUGGGACUUUAUGACGGCUGUUUCGCUGCAGUGCAAGAUCUGGAAUCAUCAUCCUGAGUGGUCUAAUGUCUAUAAUACGACAUUCAUCCGCUGGACAACGCAUGUGCCCAAGGGCCUCUCAGACAAAGACAUCAGCUUAGCCACUCUCUGCGAUUCCCUGGCUAAGGAUUUUGGCGAACUGGAGCCGGAGCCAUCAAGCUGCGAGAUGAAAGAUUUGGCAGAUGAGGUUAUCAAGGAUGGGAAUUGCUGCGUAAAGAAAUAG